AUGUUUGUUUGGAGACUUCUAUUGAUCCGUUUGGCCACUACAGUAAAUCUCGAUUCCAUAGGUAUAGAUGUCCUUUCUAUUUUAUGUCUCGUAUGCAAUGAGGUGAGUGAAGACAAGGAUCAUUUGUUCGUGAACUGUGAGAUCAUUGUUAAGACUUGGAAUUCAAUCGCUAGGUGGAUUGAUAUCAAUUGCCCGGUGUUCGGUCGAGUUGGUGAUGGUUAUGUUUCCUUGGAAUGGAUGCUUUACGGAUUUCAAAGCCAAAAAGAUGUUGUCGAGGUGAUUUUAGGGUUGAUGUGGUGGAUGAUUUGA